AUGGUCACAUGGCAUGACAUAUACUGUGGUCAUUACGACCAAGUUGAACUUUUUGAUAAAACUACAUUCCAUGAGGACAACGCUAAAUUCUGGGUGGGCCGCGGCCCGAAGCCCUCCCCGCAGGGCGUCCGUGUGCCCGACGAGAACGGUAAGGAGACGCCCCUGCGUAGGUACGACGGCAAGACGGUGGUGCUCACCCUGCCUGGCGACCUCACGGUGUUCGACAUCGGCCAUUUUGGCGUGUGGUGCGAGCAGUUCACCGUCGACUUCGGCCACGUGACCAUCCCGCAGGGGCUGAACGCGCCGCCGUCGCUGAGGAUGCUGGGAGUGAGCCCGCAGAAGGUACAGCAACAUCGACAAGACACCAUUCAGAAUAAAGUAUCAAGGCCAUUGGUGGGGGGACACUUGCAGCCAACAACGUUCCGACCUCCUUCCCCUUUCAGUUCAAUUAGUAGAAGAAACGAUUAUCAACCACAACAGUACAUAACCCAACAAGAGGUAGUACUUGCCCAGAACCAAGUAGAUCAAGCGUAUAGAGCACGAGCACUAGCACUAGAGAACAUCCCUGCGCAACAAUUGUAUCACCAGCAGCCACCAUUGAACCAUAUUCAACCUCAUAUCCAGCAAUAUCAGGCUCAAGCUCAACAUCGUUUAGAUGUCAGACAUCAACCUCAAGUGGAGCUGCAACCGUUUAAUCAACAGCAAAUUCAUUCACAGUCGGGUGAUCUAGUGCAGCUGCAACAUCAACCUAUCAGUCAACAUCGUAUUCAUCAGUUAGGCAAUCAAAUCCAGUCUCAAUACCAGUUGAUCAAUCAAGUGCAGCAGCCUCAAAUCAAUAAUUUGCAUGCCCAAUCACAACUCAAUGGGGUUUCGUCACAACCUUCAUAUAUUCAGCAGAGCAGGCAGGCUCAGAAUCAUCCUCAAAUAAAUCAACCUUCCAACCAAAUUCUCGAUUCCAAUACUCAGACCAAUAGAUUCUUUCAACAGCAAAUUGUGAAUGUCAGUCCACAACAACAGCAGCAGCAACCAAGUAAUCUGGCCAGUGUCAAUCAAAGACAGUAUCAAGAGCAGCUAGCUUAUGAUCAGUAUUUGCAGGCACGAAGGCAUCAGGAAGAAGAAUAUUUGAGGAAUCAAUUGUCAAGGCAACACAAUAGGUUCGAUUCGCCUAGUCACCAAAAUUUCAAUUUAUACGGAUAACAGGGUUUCGUAUUCUGUUUGAAGAUAUAAUCCCUGGAAUGAGCUUUAUACUUUGUGUUAAAUGAUUAUUUAUUUUCUAUUUAUGAAUAUUUUUCAUAUUGGACAGUAUUAUAAAAUUCUCACAAGUAGAUAUAGUCACUAUUGAACAUUUGCUGGCAUUUUCCAGGCAAACAUAAUAAUUAUUUAUACGGGGUGUUCCAUUUACGCAUCCGCCUAAUCCAGGAUAUGAUGAAUUAGGAAUUUGAAAAAAAUGUAUUUAGAAACGGAACAAAUGUCGAUCGUUCAUAAACUCAUACAUAUAGAUAUUCAACAUUGAACAAGUUUGUGAAUAUAUAGUUUCACUUCUCCAGAUUUUUUGGGAAUUGUGUCUGGUCUUUUCUAAUAAAUUGAAUAUGAGUAAUAUUUCAAUAAGAAUAUUUUACGAUGCAAUAAAGACAAAUGAGAUGAUCUCUUUCACUUCCAAGAUGUCACUGCGUACAAAAAUUUCACUAUCAUAGGGAAACUAAUAAAUGAGAAAUUCGAUAAAUAGUCAGUCGAAAUCAUAUCGAAUUUUUACUUAGAAUUGCCUUUGAUUAUCCGCCUACUCACACCUCUCUGACAGAAAUUGAUACAUAUAAGUGGGUUACAGGAUAUUUUCAUUAAUUGAUCUUGAAUAUACCAUUUUCAAAUUGAGAUUUUAGGAGUGCAUAUAAUAUUUUAUCUAUAUUAACUGGAGAGGGAGCAAUAUUAUGGUAUCCAUUCGAAAGAACGCAAACGGAUUCUUAUGGUGUUUUUGCAUUUUUCUUUUUUUUUCUAUGAUUUCAAUGAUAUUUUAGUCUACCAUCAACUGUCCAUUUUCAACAGUGAUUAGACGAGUGGUGGUAAUCUUUUGAUAAUUUCAAGUUGAUGCUGUAGCUAUAGAAAUCUCACGAGUGGAGGAAGUCCACAUGUAGGAUUUCUCAGUAGCAACAAAGACAAGUCCUAAUCUAGUUGAAAUUAUGAGAACAAAAUCACCACCACCGCGUAAAUAAAAUUCUUCGAUGAUUUUCGAAAUCUGAGCCAAAAUUUGGUGAAUUUUCGAUAUAUCUACAUUCCUCUUCUUCAAAUAUUUUUUAAAACAAGGUAUCGAUUGAAUUUGUCUUUCAGGCUCUCUGAUAGUGGAAUUUUCAAAAGUAGUGACAUUUUGGGGAAAAGAUUGAAAGAUAUCACCAUAUUUUCGAUCGAAGAAAACGGGGAAGAAAUGCCAAACAAUCUAGAGAAAUGAAAAUGUUACCUCCUAGGUUAACAUACAGACAGUAUUCAUAUUUCAGCCUGGGACAUCUUAUAUGUUCUAAGUAUUCUCAACUAUGUAUUUUCAUUUAUUUGGAGUCAAUCAAUUAUAGCUCAACCCAAUAAGUUCUUGCCAUUUGCAUCGCAGUUCAAUUUAUGAGGCCAGUUCUAAUAUAUGUAUUCAUAUUCAUUUAUUUUACAUAAUAUAUCGUAAAUAUUAUUUUUAAUGUAUAUAUAUUUUUUAUGUAAAAUUUAUUUUUUAUAAAAUUGUAUAGUUUAUUUCAUACUUUUGCAAUAAAGCAUUCAU